GAUGGGGGUCUAGGGAAGCUUCUGGGAACAACUGCCUUAGAAAAAUUGGGUUAAAGUUCGGCACAAAAGGAACUUGUCAUUCCAGUCCUUUUGCCCACGUAGCGAUGCCUCUGGAAGUGGUGGUGGAGCUGCAGAUCCGGGCGGUUUCUUGCCCCGGAGUGUUCCUGCCCCACAAGCAAGAUGUGUACCUCGGGGUCUACCUCCUGAAUCAGUACGUGGAGACAGACUGCUUUCCCUCUGUGUUCCCUGUUGUGAUUCAGCAGAGCAUGAGAUUUGAAAAGGUAUUUGAAAAUGCAAUAGAUCCUGGAGCUGUAUCAGACCUUUUAGAAAGCUUCCUAACCAGGUUUGAAUUAAUACAGCUAGUGCCUCCAGUGUGGGAAGAGCUGGCCUAUUAUGAAGACAACACACGAGAUUUUCUUUUCCCUGAGCCCAAGCUGACACCUUCAUGCCCUGGUAUACAUAGAGAGGUGCUCAUGAAGACAACCAGAGAUUUUCCAGGCAUUGCUCCCAAACUAGAGUUUUCUACAAGGACGGCCAUCAGAGAAUGCAUGUUUCCAUAUGGAAAAAGACUUCUUGAAGAAACAUACAAAUCACGAAGGCCUUUUUCAGCAUCAUACCGACCAGCAUUCUCUGUAAAUAAUAGAAAGAUGAAGCUGAAGGAUGUUAAUCCUGACAAACCACCCAAAGGCACGCAAUCUCAAGCACCCUCUCCACGUUGCACCAGACAUUUCUCCUUGGACCAGCCAGCUGAAUCGAACCUUGGAAAUAACUUCAAAUACCCUGCAGAAAGGAGGCCUCCAUUUGUGGUUAGACAUGUGGACAGUGCAAAGCCCUUUGGUGAGCCUCACCCACAGAAAUCUAAAAGAAAAUCUAAGUUUUCAAACUUUCCAUUUUCAAUGAGAAGAGCUUCUUCUCUUGGCAGCCUUGCAGCAAACGUAAAGGUUAUCAGAGAGCCCGAUGAACGGAUUAUAUUAAGGAAAGCAUCACCAUCACCUUUAGAUUCAAGUAAGUUUGGCAAGUCCUUACCAUGUGACCAAGGGGAUGCUGACUUCCACCGGGAAACCUCAUUUGCCAACUGCCAGCAUUCCAAAUCUCCCAGCCCUCUGGAUCAGCCUCUACUCAGAGAAAGGUGCUAUGUGAGUUCUGAGUCCACAUGGAAGAAGAUCCAGGAAAGGGAAGAAUCUAACUCUGAAGAAACUUACAUCCUUGAGAGACCAAACCACCCUCUGAAGAAAUACCCACAGCAUGAAGAGGGAUAUUUUUAACUCCUGUCUUAUGGGAAAAUGAAUGAAAGCUGGAAGAGGAUCAUCAAAAGCCCAUCCAUGGAGACAAUUACAUAUCCUUGGAGAAAUGAACAGUGAUCUUUGUUGUCUGUAUUGAAUUACUGGUGUCUAACCCCCUUUAAAUCAAACCCUGUACUCAGUCUUUUGUGCCCAGGUAAGAGUUGUUGAUUAAAGUGUGGCUGCUUGGGGCUCACAUUUUCUCGUCAUCUGGAAAUUUGUGUUUUAUUUUGUUUGUAUGUUGUUUUGAGCAUGAAAUAGAAAAUAAUAGUAGUUGAGUGACAGAUGCUUUUCCAUUUGGAAAGCACUUUUUAGUAUUCUAACAAAAAUGUCAAGAUGCUUUUUCAGCUGUUCUGCAUUUUUGGUCAUGGUUUUGUUCUUGAAAAGUCUGACCCCCUCUUUCUUUGCUUUCUGUUCUUUUCCUUCUCUUCCUUCCUUCCCAACCUAAAUUUUUAUAUGCACUAGAAGUUACUAUUUAGAGGAAUAACUUGAUAAAUUCUCCAGUUAAAGACAGUCAAUAUGAUUUUUUUUUAGUUUUUUGCUUACUUUAUAUGAAGGCCUCUUAAAACUAAGAAAAGAACAUUAUAUGUAGAGAAUUUAGAAUUUAUUUUAAAGGUUGAUUUCUGUGAUAAAUUAUAAGAUGAGGCCAGUUUCUUUGUAUUAUAGUUCAGAUUACUUCUGUUCCCCACCCUUUAUUCUGUCAGUACUAGGGAUCGAACUCACGACUACCUGCUUGCAAGGCAGGCGCUUAUGCUGCUGAGCUAAAUCCCCAGCCCCUAUUCUAGCAAUUCUUAAUAAAUUAAGAUGAAGAACAAAUGUUUUCCAAAUAUUUCCCUAAAAGAGCUAAGUAAAUAAGUUUUAUAGAAAGUACUGCUAAAAUAAGCUUUUUAAGUGAAUUAAUGGACUGCUUUUAUGAAAUGUGGCAGUUUAAGGGAGGAGGAAAAGGAAGAUGAUGAGAGGAAGGAGAGCUAGAAGUACCUCUGUUUCCACUGACACAGAACUAGGGAAGAGGGGGCCUAGAAAUGGAAAUCUUUGUUUUUCCUUCACACUAUAGACUUUCACACCUUCUCUACCAUGCUUGCUGUGGUUUGAAUAUUUGUGUUUUCCUUAAAAAAUACAAGAAAGUGGGGCUUUUGGGGAGGUGACUAGGUCAUGAGGGUGGAGGCCUCAUAAAUGGCGUUAGUGCCAUAUAAAACAGCCCAAGGGAGUGGCCCAUUCCAUCAUGUGAAAAUGCAGUGAGAUGGAUGGAAUAUUUGUGAACAGAAAGACGGCUCUUGGCAGAUUCUGAACUUGCUGGUAACUUGACCUUAGACUUCUGACCUCCAGAACUAUGAGAGAUAAAUUUCUUUUGUUUGUAAGCUACCCAGUUUAUGGUAUUUUGCUAUAGCAUCCUAAAUAGAUGAAGAUAUAAAAUCCUUUUAAUAUUUAGAAAACACAGGUUUCUUUACUCUUUAAGAGCACAGGAAUUGGUUUGUUGGGUAAAUUGGGAAGGCAAAAUAAAAAAUUAAAGCAGAAUAACUUCUAAAACAAACUCAUUUGUAUUCUUCUCAGAAUUUUAGCCAAAUAAAAGUGUAUAUUAUAAUAAGCAUUUCACCUAUGGAAGCAGAGAGAACAAAUUAAGCAGAGACUACAAGCCUAAAUUACAUGCACUUGUAAAUAUUCUGAUGUCUCUGAAUCUGUAGUUGCUAAUUUGUUGUUUAGAUGUUACCUCUAAAUUGUCAUCAAAACUAAAAAGUAAAUGUUACAUUAAGGCCACAGUAGUUGUCUGAAGAGUUCUACUUGAUAUAACCAGCUGAAAGAAAUAAGUUCUAAUGAGUUCAUAUUUUAUUUCUAUUAUUGUUAAAGUAUACAGAGGGACGUUCAGCAUUCAUCUAUAAAAAAAUAGAAGUUUAUUGGGCUUACAAUUCUGGAGGCUGGAAAAUCCAAGGCUGAGGGACAAUAUCUGGUGAGGGCCUGCAAGUUGCACCAUAUUCUGGUGGAAAAGCAAGAGAGGGAGAAAGGAAGGGGGAGCUGAGCUCAUCAUCUCAUUAGGAAUCCCUCCUGGGAUAGCUAACUCAUUUCCAGGAUAACUAUUAAUCCAUUCACCCAAGAGGUAACCUAAUCACCUCGUAAGCUAAUCAGCACUGGAGAUUGAAUUUCCAGUAUAUGAACUUUGAAGAACAUAUCAGCUUUCAUUUUUUGAAAUGAGUUGAGCAUAACUCCUUAAUUUAAUAAGAGUUUAAAUGCCCACUUUUAUUCCAAAUCAUUUUUUUCCUCAUCAAGCCAUGAUUUUUUUCUUACUUUCUGAUCUGCCAUUUCUGUUGUUUUAUUUGGUGCGUGUGUGUGUGUGUGUGUGUGUGUGUGUGUGUGUGUGUGAUACUAGGAAAUGAACCCAGGGCUUUUUGCACAGGAGCAGUAUGUCCAGCCUCUUUAAUUUUCUAUUAAAUUUUAGACAAGGUCUUUCUAAGUUAUUAAGUUGCCCAGGCUGGGCUUGAACUUGCAGUUUUGCUGCCUUGGCCUUCUGGGAUAUGGGAUUACAAGCAUAUGUUACCAUGCUCUACUAAUUAUUUACAUCUUAAUUUUUUAAUUCUCAAGAAUUAUUUAAGUGUGAGGAGUUAUAUUGGGCCCAGAAUUACAGUUGAGGUACUUUGAUUUUGGAAUAUGUAAUAGAAUGAAUAAUUUUGUGGAGUAUUGGGGUUUGGAUCAUGUGGGAAGUUCUUUGUCAUUAAACAUAAUAAAAAAGCAUUUCCCCCUG